AUGGCGAAAGCUUCCCAUACAUUGCAAAAAGGUGCUGUCGUCCAGCACACCGCCAAAGCCCAUUACCUGAAAGGUCAACUGCUUGAAGAGAGCAUGGAAUUUGGAACAUGGAACAACUGCCUAAAGGGAAUCUUUGGCAACAACCAUUCACUUCUGCGAUAUCUCUGUGUGCCUUUUGCUGCACUGCAGGAAACACGCAGAGGGAUCGGCCCGUCAUCAGCAUCGAAAAUUACACCAUAUACUGCGGCGAUGCUGAUGAGAACAAAAUGCGCCUUUCUACGACUGCAGGAUCGCAGAGGACGUAAACUCUGGAUUGUAAGUGCUCACGCACCUACAGAAACCGCUGAGGACAACAGUAAGGACGCCUUCUAUGAUGAACUCAAUGCGUUGAUGUCUAAAAUACCAAGCCAGCAGGUGGUCAUUGUCGGAAUUAACGCAAAUGCGAAGAUGGGACUCGAACAGCAAUCCGAUGUGCUAGGAAAAUGGUACUAUGCAGCGGAGCGCAUGUCGGACAACAAGGAAUCAUCGACGCCAUCAGCUCACAUGGCAGGGUCAACCCUUUUAACGCCUGAAGAGCAGCGCAAGCGGGAGAUGAGGACUCUUAAACUUCAGUUCGGCUACGUUCUGGCGAGGAACAUUCCUCAGUCAGAUAUCCGAAAAUCUAGAGCUGUUUGGGACGUCGCGUUCGACUCUGACCACCGUCCAGUUCUUCUCAGCUUCAAGAUACGGUUCCACAAGAGAAACCGAGGAGUUCCUCUUCAACCGAAAAUCGACAUGGCAGGUCUGAAAGACGAUGAAUGCAGAAGAAAAUUCCGCCAACGUGUGUCUAUUCAUGUUGGAGUACGGACCAGGAAGAAGCUUAGCGAUGCGGAUUCCUUCACAAAGUGCAUCCAGGACGCUGCAAGGGAAACGCUCCCGGUUCUGUUGCCGCGGAAGAAGUUUGCCUUUGCAUCUGCGGAAACAAAAUCCACAUACAAUUCUGUAUGUGUCGCGCACAGCGCUGGUGACUUCAACCAGGAAAAGCGUCUUAGAAGGAAGCUGCGUCGUCAACUGCAACAAGACCGCGAUAACGAGUGGACGUCAAGAGCGAUGGAGUUUGAGAAGGCGUGGGAGGACAGGAACCUGCGGAAAGCCUACGCUCUACUAAAACAGUAUAGCGGCAAAAUGAAAAGAUGUUCCCAUGUCCUCAGCACUGCUAAUAAGGUAGCUGUCGGUAAAGCAACUUUUCCAAUUUGGAAGGAACACUUCAAGACCUUGCUGAACUGGCUAGCACCGUCAGCUCCUGAACUCGAACACGUUCAUAGACCGACAUAUGCGGUUAACGAGGAGCCACCGACCGAGUUGGAGGUCCUGGUCUGUAUUCAGAAAAUGAAGGAUGGAAAAUCUGGUGGAGACGACGGGAUUAGCGCAAAAAUGCUAAAAUAUCUUCCUCCGUCUGGGAUUCGUGAGAUGACAAAGAUCAUCCGUUCAAUAUGGAUAAACGAAAGGUUACCUGAUUCGUGGAGACACGCUAUCAUAAUUCCCCUCCACAAAAAGUUAUCCGUCAUGGACCCAAGGAAUUAUCGAGGAAUCUCUUUGCUGCGUGUUAUGUACAAGGUACUGCAGCGCAUUAUCCUGGACCGACUCAUUAAACAUCGCGAAGAAACAACGCGCGACGAGCAAGCUGGCUUUCGUCCUGGCCGAUCUACGACUGACCAGGUGUUCAUCGUCAGGAGAGUGAUCGAAAUCUGGCAGCAGUAUUCGAAGCCAAUGCAACUAGCGUUUCUGGACUUUGAAGCCGCGUUCGACUCUCCUCACCGAGGCCGUCUUCUCAACGCACUUCGCGCCGAUGGAGUACCAGGAAAGUUCGUUCGCUUGCUUGAUGACAUGAAUCAACGAACAAUUGCUGCAGUUCGAACACCAGCCGGAUGUACAGCACCGUCUGAAGUGGUAACUGGAGUAAGACAAGGGGCGGUGGCAGGACCCUUCAUGUUCAAUUUCGCCAUCGACGACAAUAUGCGAAGAACAGUCGACCAGUGUCCUGCCGACAUUGUCUUAGCACCAUCAGGGUGCCCCUUGACUGACCUCGAGUACGCCGACGAUGUUGUUAUAUUCGCGGAAAUCAGUACUAAACUUCAACAUGUUGACAACCUUGUAUCGAAGCUGGCUGCAGCCUACGGACUACGCCUACGCCCUGAUAAAUGCAAGCAGAUGUGGAUCUCUUCAAGACCUCGAACGGGAAUCAGGGUGGACGGACAACCGAUAAAACUCGUCGAUGAGUUCUGUUACCUGGGCUGUAUGCUGAAGAACAACGGCAGCUACGAGAGAGAUGUUCAGCAAAGAUGCGCUAAGGCCGCUUUUGCAUUUAACUCCUUAACGAAAUGUCUGUGGUCGACCCCCAUCACCAACGAAGUCAAGCUGCGAGUCUACCUAUCCGCAAUUCGUCCCAUCAUGAUGUACGGAUCGGAGACUUGGGCAGCACCAUCAACGGUUAUGGAGAGGCUUGACUGCACGGAACGAAAGCUGCUUAGACGGCUACUUGGCUACUUUUGGCUUAGGGUAUGCCACAAUGAAGAUCUUUACGCAGAAAUUGAUGUGGUUUACCGGCGGAUGACACGUGGAAGAUAUCAACAUCUUGCACCGCCUUCGAAAGCGGCUAAAGUAAAUCGUCUUCGCUUCUUUGGUCAUAUAUUAAGGAGACCGGCAGAUCGCCUUGUCCAACGAGUUCUGAAAAUUUCGUCGGGUUCGAGCUGGAAGAAGCCACCUGGCCGAGAACGGAAGUUCUGGACUGAGGUAGUAAAAGAGGACCUGAGGACACUCGGCGUGGAUAGGCAGUUCAGGCGAGACGUAAGGUUUCGCAGAACAUGGAAUAAUGACGAAUGGAUUGAUUCUGUGCAAGCUCUCGCAGAAGAUCGAGAAGGUUGGGCAGAGCUGUGUUUAAGGACGGCACACCUCGGCGAAGAUGCGGGUCUGAAAAACGAUGAAUACAGAAAGAAGUUCCGCCAAGGAGUGUCGAUCAAUACUGGGUUACGUAUUACGAAAAGAGUGGACGACGCUGACUCUUUCACUAAAUGCUUUCAAGACGCUGCAAAGAAGAUGCUGCCGGUUUUAGCACCGUUAAAAAAGUUCGCAUUUGCAUCUGCGGAAGUAAUAUCCACGUACAAUUUUGUAUUUGUUGCCUUCACUACUGGUGACAUCAGCUACCUUGCGCUACUGGAGCAAGCUAUAAGUGACAUCAAUCACUUUAGUCAGGAGAGCCGUCUGGUCUGCGAAAGACAAACAUUCACCGCGGUCACCGAAGAACUAUCGACGGAGUCGGAAGUUCCGCUCUGUAACCAAAAAAUUAAGAACGGAAAAUCUGGCGGAGGCGAUGGAAUUAGCGCAGAAAUGCUGAAAUCUCCUCCUCCUUCUGAAAUUCGUGAGGUAAUGUGCAAGGUUUUGGAGCGAAUCAUCCUGGAUCGACUAAUCCGACAUCGCGAGGAAACCACCCGUGACGAGCAAGCCGGCUUUCGCUGGUCGAUCGACGAUUGA